AUGGUCACGUGGUUAACGGCCACGUUUCUUAUUGCACAUUAUCAAAACCAAAUAUCAAGUCUUGAACUUCGAAUCGAACAUUUAGAAGAACCACGCAACACCAUAAAACUUCUGGCGGAGUCGCAGAUACCGCAGCGCCCUACUGGUGACCCAGACACGGAGACUGGCUGCAGAUGUGGUCCCACUGCCACAGGCACGGCGGUCAGUGGAUCUGACGCACUAUCUAACCAGGGUAUUCUACCCUGUUGUGGAGUGAGCGAGGAAACUUUGCAGACGGUGAUUUCGAAAAUACUUUCAAAAAAGAAGAACUUCUACCAACAGGAACAUCGUCGCCGAUCAGAGUUGUCUAUUGAGCAAAUAGAAAGACUUAUCGAAGACAUCGUGGCAAAGAAUAACACGCUCAAUUUACGACAUGCUCCACGUCUACGUGAACGUACAGUCCUACCACGUGCGAUCCACGUGACAGGCAAGACUAAUGGGUUUUCUGGAAUUACUAACGCACAUAGAAGGAACAGAAACAUUAAAGUUGGACCCUGGGAAGCAGUGUAUGGCCGAUCUCUCCAAAAGAACGUACAGUGCGAUCAGUAUAAUAUCAUAGUACCGGAGUCCGGAAUCUACUAUGUAUACAGCCAGGCAUAUUUUCGCGACGAGGAGUUGGACAGUGCACCGAGUUCUCCAGAUAUAAUGGAAUAUUUACAUUAUACAGUGUUAGAGAGUACAGCUUAUGAAGCCGAUCCAAUUAAUCUUAUGAAGAGUGGUAAAACUCAACGUAAAAAUUCCGACUACUACUACAGUAGUUUCCACUCGGGUUUAUUUGAAUUAAGAGCGGGGGAUAGGCUUUAUAUGAAAGUAUAUUUGCCAACGCGAGCAACGAUAGAUUGUCAACAAGAAUCCACUUUUAUGGGUAUGUUUCUAGUAAGUGGUCUGGGAAUAGAAGAGUUGGUAAUGUGA